AGUCUGAAAGGAGGCCGUGCUGUCUGUGUGUCGCUGAGGCUCGUUAAUGAAAGUUCUAGCUUGUGCUCCACGCUGCAGCUGCUCUGUGUGAGCAUGUUCUGGACUCAAUGACUGACUGACGCUGACUCUGCGUUUGGCAGGCGACGGCAACGGUGAGCUCCCUCUCUGUCUGGGCUGAAAUGAAGUGCUAAAUGGUACAAGUGAAGGAGUUCCUCAAGCGCGACUAGCAGAAGGCAAGGCGACCCCCACACAGACAACACCGGGAGAAGCCCCGGGUGCAGCUCCGAGGCGGCUCAGCAGACAGACGGCCAUGGCUAACAUCGCGGUCCAAAGGAUCAAGAGAGAGUUCAAAGAAGUUCUCAAAAGCGAGGAGACAAGUAAAAACCAGAUCAAAGUUGAUCUGGUAGACGAGAACUUCACAGAACUGAGAGGUGAAAUAGCAGGACCACCAGAUACACCUUAUGAAGGUGGCAGAUAUCAGCUUGAAAUAAAAAUCCCAGAAACCUACCCAUUUAACCCCCCAAAGGUGCGCUUCAUCACAAAGAUCUGGCAUCCUAACAUCAGCUCAGUGACCGGAGCAAUAUGUCUGGACAUUUUAAAAGACCAGUGGGCAGCUGCUAUGACCCUGCGGACCGUGCUGUUGUCCCUACAGGCUCUUCUUGCUGCGGCAGAACCAGAUGAUCCACAAGAUGCAGUAGUUGCAAACCAGUACAAGCAGAACCCAGAAAUGUUCAAACAGACAGCAAGGCUGUGGUCACACGUCUACGCCGGCGCUCCGGUAUCCAGUCCGGACUACACGCGAAAAAUAGACAAACUCUGUGCCAUGGGCUUCGAUAAGAAUGCAGUAAUAGCGGCCUUGUCUUCAAAAUCCUGGGACGUGGAAACGGCGACAGAACUUCUCCUCAGCAACUAGGACCCAUCCAGGUGUGAGGAUCCAAAAAGAAAUAAAAACUCCCAUCAUCAGAGCACCUCAGCUCCUCCGGGCGCCAUGCCAACGUCACAUUUUGCUAAGCAGACACAAACCCUGUCACAUUCAGCACAUCAGGCUGAAGCUUCUGUUAUUAGAAGUUUGCUACAAACGCCAGUAGCAUCACAGUUGCCAAUAUGUUCACCGCUUUGUUGCCUGUCCAUCACAUCAAGGAUUUCCCUUUUAUUUCCUCUUAAAUAUGUUUAUAAGCCCCAACAAAUUCAGCCCCUCAUUUUGUUUCCAUUUCUCCCCCAAAAGAAACAUUUACUUUGCCCAUUUUCACCAUUUGCACUUUUAUUUUGCUCACAGUUGUCUGUCAAAUUUCUGCAGGGUAAAACAUGAGGGGAGCCACACACGCUGUUUUCUACCUACCACAUGUUUAUUUAGUAGGGAGUUGGACUUUGCAUCAUAUUCUCUCCUACAGACUCUCAAUGCUGUAAGCUGGAUAUAAAAUACUUGACUUGGAUAGUGCUGAGCAUUGGGCGGUGUGCCGGGUUUUUCCUGAGCCGUUUGAUGUUCCGAUCCACUGCAGGAGUUUGGUCGAUGCAUUUUGUACAUUCAACUAGGAAAAGCCCAGCACAUCCAUAUCCUCCACCAUUUGCACACAUGUACAAGAAACAAGAGUUAGCUGUAAAUAAUGUGUGUAAAUUUAAAUCUAUAUUGGGGAUGCUUUUUUUUUUCUUACAUUGUAAAACUAGUUAUUCUAAAUAUGAACUAUGCCUACUUUCCAGUUGGACUUUUCGUGCAUUUAUGAUCCAUGAGAAGUCCCACAAAACGUCUCUUUUUAUUAUUUUUUUUAAAGAGGUUAUACCCUCCAAAAUCCCGAUCUGUGCAAGUCAUAACACGCCAGCUCCUCUGCUGUGCCACAAUCAAAUAUUUUUCUAGUCUUUUAUUCUUGCAUGUUCUUUUGCCUUUUACUACAGUUGGCCAAAUUGUUUAGUGGGAGUUAGUUCAUUUGAACAUUUCCUUUUAAAAAAACCCCACAAAGUAAAGCCAAUUUGAGCUUCGUUCUUCCUGCUCUUUGAACCGGUUUUUGUUUUUCCCAGAGCAGGCGAGCGACCGUUGGGCAUGAAUGUCGAGAUUGAUUUAGGUUUGUAAAGCUGCAGUGGUCGCCUGUUGCAACCAGAUUAAAAAUUUAUUGUAUAGUUGAUUUUUGAGGGGAUGUUAUUUUAUUUCUGAGCCACUCAACCCUAAUGUUGACCAUAUGUACACUGCCUUGCAACAAAAAAGUAUUAAUAUCCAAUUUGUCAUUUAAAGCAACAAACUUCAUUUUGUUUUAUUUAACAAACAAGUAGAGCGUGACUGAAGUGGAAGAAAAACUUGUUUUAAUCAGAUAAGUUUGGCUUUUGCAUUUCUGUUCAGUCACAGUCAGUACUUUGGAAAACCAAUAUUUAUAACUACAGCAGCGAAAAGGAAGGAGACAGGAAAAUUGCACAGCAGUAGCUCUCGAAUACUUGAGCAAUCCCGCUGUAGCAUUUACUCCCUCCAUUACUCUUUGCAGAAGUCUUGUUUGUAGAGUCUAAACAUAAUUUGAAGUUUUUUCACAGAUUUUAAUUUAAUUUAGAUCUGGACUGGGUGUUUAGGUCUAUUGUCCUUUUCAGUCAAGUAUUUCCCAUGCCUGUCCUGCACUGAGCUUCAUCCAUCUUCUAGUCUAAAUAAUCAGCCCCAUAUUUUACCAUUUUCUUCCGGGUGAGGCGCAGUGUUCGCAUAUCUGCUGUUUUCUCUGUGUGGUUUAACUACAGUAACUUAACAGUUGUCCUGUGAAUAAAUUCUUCCACCUGAGCUGUAGCUCCUCCAGAUGUGUGCCUCUAGGCAGGUGCUUUAAAGUAUGCAAUAGAUUGAAAGAUUUUUGUCUGCAGAAAGAUUAAAAACAAUUGUCUCCCUUCCA